GGAAGAUGAAGAAUAUGAUGAUGAUGAUGACACGAAAAUCGUGAAAUCGCGUAAGAGCCAAUUCUCUCGUGGGGAACUGAGGGCACGUAGGAAGUCUUGGGGAAGUAUGUAUAGCUAGGUAUGGCCUGUAGACUAUUGCUAGUGAUUUUCAAGCAAUGAGCGUCUACCGACGCUCUGAUAGUCAAGACCUGGGAAAUUUAUCCACUGAAAGUGACGAGGAAAGUCCACGAUGUGCUGAAUGAUCAUUGGAGCCCUCGCGUGGCUCGCUAAAAAGAUAGCUCGAUGCGUGACGUGUAAGGGAGACGAGGAGGAGGGGAAGAAGGGACCGGUGGGGGUCGGCCGGGAGGCGGGGGGAGAGAAACAGCGCGCCGCCUGCCGACGUGAGCAGCGUCGCCAGGAGCAAGAAGACCGUGCCUACAGCGAGGUCCAGACGUACGACUACGAGCAGUACGGAUGACGUUAGGUCCGACGCUCCUAGAUCCUCGAGAGGCCGUGCCUCCAGCUAGGGGGGGGGGGGCACAUUAUCUAAUAAGCGCACACCGCGCGUAUGACGUACUUCCGGUUAUCAUGAAGGCAAACACCUCAAUCUGUAUACUGCAGUCGGUGUUGGUCUGAUCGCCAUAGUAGCUGGAAAUGUUCGUUUUUUUCAACAUUGUAUUUAUUCAUUAUUUUUAAUCCACAAAAUAUAAGAAGAAUUUUGAUUGAGAAAGAGACUGAUGAACAUGAUAACAAAAACAGCAUCUAAUGAAUUUGAUCAAAAAUACAAAACACACCAACACUGGGGCAAACUAAGACGCUACAUAUAUAUAUAUAUAUAUAUAGCGGUAUCCUUUACAAAAAAACAUUGAACACUAUAAUUAGAUCAUGCCUGAUUGCUCAGCAGGUUGUUGAUCAGUUCUGCUGUCGUCACGGUGACCGUAGUCAGGGUCGUUGUCGGGUGGUGAUGGGAGGGGCUCCACGCCACGAGCCAGCAUGGAGAUGAGAUGGCGAUGAACUCUGUGCAUACAUACAUAUAUA